AUGUCCAAGAUCAACACCCUCCUUUUCGACUGCGACAACACCCUCGUCCUCUCCGAGGAGCUCGCUUUCGCGGCCUGUGCCGACAUCAUCAACACCAUCUGCAAGGGCCAGGAGGUUGACAAGGAGUUCACUGGCGAGUCUCUGAUCUCCGAGUUCGUCGGCCAGAACUUCCGUGGCAUGCUUGGCUCCCUCCAGGAGCGCUACGGCAUCAAGCUCACCCCCGAGGAGCUCGAGAAGUACGUCUUGGCCGAGGAGGACGCCGUCAUUGCCAAGAUCAAGGCCCACGGCCAACCCUGCCCUGGUGUCAUGGAGCAGCUCGAGAAGCUCCAGGAGGAGGGCAAGUACACCCUUGCUGUCGUCUCCUCGUCUGCCAAGCGCCGAGUCCUCGCCUCCAUCGAGAAGGUCGGCCAGUCCAAGUAUUUCCCCGAGGACCUUGUCUUCUCUGCCGCCACCUCCCUUCCCACCCCUACCUCCAAGCCCAACCCCGCCAUCUACCUCCACUCCCUCAAGGUUCUCGGCAAGACCGCCGACGAGGCCCUCGCCAUUGAGGACUCCAAGAGCGGUACCUCUUCUGGCUACAAUGCCGGCAUCAAGGUCCUCGGCUACACUGGCCCCUACCCCGCCGAGCGCAAGGCCGAGAUGGCCAAGGUCCUCACCGACGCCGGUGCUGUUCUCGUCAUCGACGACUGGAGCGAGUUCCCCGAGGCUCUCGCCAAGAUUCAGGCUUUGUAA